GGCAUGCGCGGUUGGGGGGGCGUGGUUACGUCCUGCCUGAGGCCAACGCUAUCCGCGGGAAGCGGCCGUUUCAAAACGAGGAAUAUGGCAAAUCAAAUCCAGGAAGGAAGCAUACAUUUCCCUUUCCCCUACACUCCUUACUCUAUCCAGAAGGACUUUAUGGCAGAGCUGUAUCGUGUUUUGGAGGCUGGAAAGAUUGGAAUAUUUGAGAGUCCAACUGGCACUGGCAAAUCCUUAAGUCUCAUUUGUGGGGCCCUUUCUUGGCUCCGUGACUUUGAGCAGAAGAAGCAGCAAGAAGAAGCCCGUCUUCUUGAUGCAGGAAUUGCCCCACCAGAUCACUUGGAAGGACCUCUACCUCACACGUCUACUAGCCAGGGGGCUCUAGAUACCUCAGAGUCUACUGGGGAGCCUGAUUGGAUUGCCCAGUUUGUGCAAAAGAAAGAAGAAAAGGAUAUGAUAGACAGAUUGAGGGAUGAACAAAUCAAGAGGAAGAGGCGAGAGGAGCGUCUCCAACAGAUACGCCACAGUGCACAUUUAAAAUAUACAGCCAAAAGAAUGAGACAAGAAGAAGAAGAGAUGGAACGCCUGUUACGCCUCAGCAAGGAGAUGCUAGCAGCAGCAGGGAGUGGACAGCCAGAGGAGGAACUUGGCAGGGAAGAAGAGCUGGUUCUUGCUGAAUAUGAGAGUGAUGAGGAGAAAAAAACAGUCAGUGGAGCUCAUGAAGAGGAUGAUGAAGACUUGGAAGAGGAACAUGUAACCAAGAUUUAUUACUGCAGCCGAACACACUCUCAGCUGAUGCAGUUUGUGCAUGAGGUACAGAAGAGCCCCUUUGGUAAAGAGACGCGACUUAUCUCCCUUGGUUCCCGGCAGAACCUUUGUGUGAAUGAAGAAGUAAAACGCCUGGGCUCAGUCCACCUCAUCAAUGACCGCUGUCUGGAGAUGCAGAAAAACAAGCAUGAGAAGAAAAAUAAAGAGGAAGAAAAGGUAAAGAAAAGGAAAACAGAGACUCGUGCUUCCUGCCCCUUCUACAACUACGAGCAGAUGCAGUUUCUUCGUGAUGAGGCUCUCGUGGAAGUGAAAGACAUCGAGCAGCUGGUGGCUCUAGGAAAGCAGGCCCAAGCCUGCCCCUAUUACGGAAGCCGUUUUGCCAUUCCUUCAGCCCAGCUGGUAGUUCUCCCUUACCAAAUGCUGCUGCAUGCAGCUACCCGUCAUGCUGCUGGCAUUAAACUUCAGGGACAAGUGGUGAUCAUCGAUGAAGCCCACAACCUGAUUGAUUCUAUCACGAGCAUCCACAGUGCUGAGAUUAGUGGCACCCAGCUCUGCCAGGCUCACUCCCAGCUGUCCCAGUACAUGGAGAGAUACAGGAAACUUUUGAAGGCCAAGAACCUGAUGUACAUCAAACAAAUUUUGUAUUUGUUGGAGAAAUUUGUGACUGUUUUGGGUGGAAAUGUGAAACAAAAUCCCAACACUCAAAGUCUCUUUCAAACAGGGGCUGAGCUGAAGACUAUCAAUGACUUCCUGUUUCAGAGCCAGAUUGACAAUAUCAACCUAUUCAAGGUACAGCGGUAUUUUGAGAAGAGCAUGAUCAGCAGAAAGCUGUUUGGGUUCACCAUGGAAUAUAGUGGUGUCUCUAUCGUUCCACCUUCUAAAGAGCAAUCCAAGUUGGCUGGUUUCCAACACUUCUUGCAGAGCCUUAAGCCUGGAACUGGAGCAGCUCCAUCAUCACCUUCUGGAGAGGAUGAGAGCAGACCACCAUGGCUUGGCUCUCCAUUGAUGCAGAUUGAAAGCUUCCUUGCAGCUCUCACCACUGCCAACCAAGAUGGCAGGAUAAUUGUGAGCAGACAAGGCAGCCUCAGUCAGAGCAGCCUCCGAUUUCUCCUCCUGAAUCCCUCAGUGCACUUUGCCCAGGUGGUAAAGGAAUGUCGGGCAAUGAUCAUUGCUGGGGGCACCAUGCAGCCGGUGGCUGAUUUUCGGGAACAGUUGCUAGAAUGUGCUGGGGUUGGAAGAGAGCGUGUGGUUGAGUUUUCCUGUGGCCACGUAAUCCCACCGGACAAUAUUCUACCCAUUGUCCUUUGCACUGGGCCCUCUAAUCAGCAGUUGGAAUUCAUCUUUCAGAAGAGAGAGCUGCCUCAAAUGAUGGAUGAAAUUGGCCGCAUCCUCUGCAACCUGUGCAAUGUGGUCCCCGGGGGUGUGGUCUGCUUUUUCCCCUCCUAUGAGUACCUGCACAGGGUACAAGCACACUGGGAGCAGAGUGGUCUGCUGACUCGUCUGGCAAUAAAGAAGAAGAUAUUUCAGGAGCCUAACAGAGCAAACCAGGUGGAACAGGUGCUGACUGAGUACUCCAAGUGCAUUAAGCGAUGCAGCCAAGUGAAAGGUGUGAUGACUGGGGCCCUUCUCCUUUCUGUGGUUGGAGGGAAGAUGAGUGAAGGGAUCAACUUCUCUGAUGACUUAGGGCGGUGCGUGGUUAUGGUGGGCAUGCCUUAUCCCAAUGUCAAAUCCCUGGAGCUGCAAGAGAAGAUGGCAUACCUGGAUCAGACCCUUCCCAAUAGCCCAGGGAAAUCCUUGAUUGAAAACCUGUGUAUGAAAGCUGUCAACCAGUCUAUAGGACGGGCCAUUCGGCAUAAGCAGGACUUUGCCAGCAUCCUGCUCCUGGACCAACGUUAUUCCCGUCCAUCCAUUUUGGCCAAACUGCCCAGCUGGAUCCGAGAUCAGGUGGAAAUCAAAGCCACAUUUGGGCCAGCCUUUGCUGCUUUGCGGAAGUUUCACCGGGAGAAAUCUGAUCCUUCCUGACAGAUGAGCAUCACUCCCUACUAUGUGCCUACACCUGCUAUAUUUGUUAGUAUGUCUACAGAAGUUGUGGCUGCAAAGAUGACAAAACACAGAAGAAUAAGGGUGGGAUCUAGCCCUAGCUCUUUCUGUCCUGUCCCCUGGUGUGAGGACUGGAGGAGCCAGUUUUAUGUUGUAGGUUUGGUGUUACAGUUCAAAUGAGAUGGACAGAGAAUUACAGUAUGAGAAAGAUGUAGGUUGAAUUUCAUUUUAGUAAGAGUAAAAAGAAAAAGCUGAUGUUAUCGGGAAGAAGCAUUGGAGAAUGGAUAUUUUGUACUUGGUUUUACUGACCGUUGUUGCCUCCCUUCCUGCUGCUUUGUUGUGAAAUCACUGUCCAGACCCAACAUGAAGCUGCCACUAGACAGUCAUAAUGUCGGACCAUCACGGAUUUCUUCUGAAGCACGUCUUUGUGGUGUCUGUCUUCUUUGAGGAUUUAUGAAGAGAUUUAGCUCCAGCCUUCUGCCAUCUAUCCACCACCUCCCUCUUCAGCCUAUUUAGCCCUUUCUUUCUCACAAAGAAAAUCUUAGUCCAUAGUUUCACUACCCUUGCUCCCUGGACAUCUCCUUACCUUCCUGCCUCCUGAAAAGGGGCUGGGGUUUAAAGGCACACGGUUCCAUAGAGUUGGCUUGAUUCCAGUUCCCCUUUCAAAGCCAAUGGCAAUCACAGUGCCUUCUGUCAUUGAUAUUAGCAUUCAUAUGUUAGGGACUAUUGUGCUGUCAACAUGACUGUUUUAAACCACCUCAUGUCUAUUUCUGUGUCUUUGCUGUGUGGAGAUCUCUACUCUGUGGUAGCUGAAUCUCCCCUUUACUACUUACCCAUGCCCCCCCAAAAAAUGAAGGACCCCAUCUACUCUAAUAAUGGUGAAAAAGAAGGCUUACUCUUACUGUCGUGGAUUAACAUAGCUAUUGAUAUCUUAAUUAAAGUGCACAUUUGGUUCA